AUGGAGGCAAAGCGCAAGGUGUCGAAGGCAAGGGCUACCACUUGGUGCAGAUCUAAGAAUAAUAUUCCAUGUUUUGAGACUAGCGCUAAGGAUUCCCUCAAUGUUGAGCAGGCUUUCAUCGAAAUUGCACGACGGGCACUGCAGAACGAGGCGGCAAUGGCUAAGGAGCAGGAGCAGAUGUAUUUGUCCCAAACACUGAACUUGAAUAACCCUCCUGCGGAGAGCCAGAGCUCCAAUGUACAGCAGUGCGAGUGCUAG